AUGAGGUUGGAAGAGCAGGGGAGGUCCGUGUUGACGGAUUUAGGAGAAAACCACGCUCUUUGUCCAGCUCUCGUUGUGGCGCUUGUACUUCGUUUGUUGCAACUCCUAGUGAAGAACAACCACGUUUUACGGCGCCGUGUCCAAGCGACCAAGGCAAGCAAGCGACGCUUUGCUCAUGUUGUGCCAGCCCAAGUCAGGCAGGAAGCAGAUGGGCGACUUAUGCUACAGCAGCUGGAGAUUCAGGAUGAUUUGGAUGUUGCCUGCCAGGAUUUCAAGUUGGAGGAGUACGCCUCCUUUGGACGUGACCUUGGACAGAUUUGGCGACGUGCCCUAGAUGAUGCAUCCCCGCGCGAGGACUCCCAGCAAUCCCUGCGACCGGACUCCACGGGUAGCUCCGGAUCAACGGGCCUCGUUGAGGUGGCCAUCGUGUUGAAGGUAACUACAGCGCUGUUGCAAAGCUUCUUCGGUCGAGGUUCUGGAUCUCAAGGUCGAGCAUCUGAGUUUCUGUGGGAGGAUCCUUUGCUGUUCAACACCUGUAUUGCAGAGAUGAACGAACUGCAGGCCCUUUGGCAAUCCAUCGGAGCGGUGCUCCGAAGCGCCGCACGAAAGCAUCAACUUUGGAGUUUUUCGACGCCUGAUGCGAAAGUGCGAAAUCGGGAAGUCCAACAACUGGCUCAUUUGGGCCAGAUCCUGCAGCAACUCCCUCGCAUCCUGGACGGCUGUGGAUUGCAAGGGAGGCAGCAGCACAUGUUCCAGCAGUCCCUAAGCGUCUUCAAGUCUCCACCCGAGAGGACCUUGAGUGCAGCCGCCUCGUCGCUGUUUGUCCUGGAAGAGCAUUGGAAAGCGAAAGCAUGGCAGGAAGUUGGUUCCAAGCUGGGACUACUGAUGCAAGACAUGCUGCUUGAUGCCUUCCCCGAUACGGUGCGUCUCGACAGUGGCAGGUUGCGAAUACUGGCUCCUCCACACAGGAAAGGACCAAACACGCACGUGAUAAUCCUAUGCCUUUGUGCUGGGCUUGCCAUUCCUGUCACGGGCUUUGCGGCUGCAAGGGGCUGGAAUGUGCCCAGGAUCAUUCGUGCCAUGUUCGAGAUUCGUAAGGUACGGUGUGAUGACUGCGAAGAAGGAUCAGGAAAUGCGGUUGAAGAGAUUCAAAUUGAAUUCUCCGCCCGUAUUCGACGGCUGGAAAUGAGUGGAUUGCUACAUUCUGAAGAGGAAGAAACGAUUGAAGACUUCCAUGAGUCAAUGAAGAUUCCUUACUCGGCAAGUCGUGUGAAAUGUUGA